UGGAGAGGUCAAUCAUGUCCCAGAUUAUCCACAACACCAUGAUGAUUCUACUCUUGAAGAGGAAAGAGUUGCUCUAGUUGAUGAAAUGAAGAAGAAGAAAAAGGACACGACAUUGAUACGGCACAAGAUGGAGCUGACAUUUUCCCUUAGGCGGAGAGAGGUAGUAGAGAAGCAGCCUAUGGUGUCAGAGGUCCAGGAGAGAUGGCCUGCACUGUUUUCCAAGGAGGAGAUAUGUGAAGAAUUUCAUCGGAUCACCAGCAAAGACCUCCUGGGCACUCUGAGGGCAUCCCUUGACACUUAUGUGCCUCGCCUGCUGAGACUGUACCGUGCUAGGAAGGGAGCUUUUGGUCAGAAGAUGGAAGACCUGCUGGAUACACUUGAUGAACAGACAUCGAACAUUGUGUUUCACCGACAGACAGCAGCACUGAGAGGCCUGCCCAUUUUUGUCCGGGAUGACACAACUGAGUUUUUCCUGCAGUGUUUGGACACUGAACCUGAAGAGAGAGUGCUCAGAGGUGUGUCUGUUGCCAUCCUCACCAUCAUUGAAGACGAUGAUGCCACCAUAUCAUCACCAAAUGUGCGAGACCUGGCUGUUGUGUUGGAAGGGGCCAUCAUCCUGCAUGACCUACCAGAUCUCGGUACUGCCUUUGCAUACCUCUUUGGCCUUCUGUACGCCAUGAACAUUGACUAUCCAAAGAAGAUGAGGUAUACCUUCGAAGCAAUUCAGAGUAUCUUUUUUGAGCUUGGCUCUCGAUGCUCGCAGCGCACAAGGUCUCUGAAAACAAAGCUUUUGCUGUGAAUGUUGAUAGGGGAGCUAGACAUGACUAACCGUGUUUCACCUGUUCUAGUGCAUUAUGGUUAAGGCUCAUGUAAAACUUCAAGGCCAGUAAUUUUAACAUUUAAGUCCCCUUUGGCUCUGAAAUAGAGUGACAAAAAUCUGUGAAACUCUAGUGUCAGUUGGACGUUCUUAAGAGGUGCAUAUUGAGUGUUUUAACUAUUCAAGUUCAUCGUUUAUCCUCAACUACAACUUCAGUGUAUACAUGCUUGCAGACAGUAAUUUUAAGAAUUUUAGUCCUGUUUGCCUGUGAAAAAGUUGGAAUUGUGAAAGGCCAGUUCAGAAGAUGCACUGGAUUUUUAUUUUUUGUUAUGUUAUUUAUUUUUUGUAGUAUGUUAUGACACAUUUUGCUAUAACAUGUUAAGUUUUAUUUGUUUUCACAAGAUUUGUGGAAAUUCAUUGUUACUAAAACCUCAGUGCAUUUACAACUGUAAACUGGUCAAGUUUAUUAUGGUUAGUGCUAACCUAACAUUUCAGUGUAUGGGUACACUUGCAUAGCCGUUUUCAGAAUCUAUGUCUUUGCUUUUGAAAAAAAGAAAUUUGUGGCAUUUGUGUCAUAUUUCACAGGCGGCUCUGAGUGUUGAUUUUACUUGUCAUGUUUCUCAAGAGGAAUAAACCGCUAACUGUUCAGCUAA